AUGGCUGAGACUAACAACAGGAAGAGAACUUUCAAGUCCUUCUCAUUCAAGGGCGUUGACCUUGAACAGCUUUUGAAGCUUGACACCGAGGAGUUCACCAAGUUGUGCGGUGCCAGAGUCAGAAGAAGAUUCUCCAGAGGCUUGGGCUCCAAGCCAAUGGGUUUCAUUGCCAAGUUGAGAGCCGCCAAGUUGGCCGCUCCAGCCAACGAGAAGCCAGCUGUCGUCAAGACCCAUUUGAGAAACAUGAUUGUUGUUCCAGAGAUGAUCGGCUCCUUGGUUGGUGUUUACAACGGUAAGGUGUUCAACACCGUCGAGAUCAAGCCAGAGAUGGUUGGCCACUACUUGGGUGAGUUCUCCAUCACUUACACUCCUGUCAGACACGGUAAGGCCGGUAACGCUUCUUCCAGAUUCUUCCCAUUGAGAUAG